AUGACACCCGAAGAAAACCAGGACGGGCAGGGUCUGCCGACACCCGUUACGGUAAACACGCCGUUAGGAACCGAUGCACAACAGGGCAAGAGUAACCGGAGAGUGUCACUUCUCUCGCUGCCUCCCCUCAAACCGGCACCCAAGAAAUCCACUCUCUCCACAGCCGGUUUUGUAUUCGAGAGAUUUCACACCCCCGACGUAAGCGUGCAUAGGAAAAUCGAUAACCACAACAGGAAUUUGCAAGUGUCGCCACACUCUGGAAGCCCAGGACCAGUCCACGAAGAUGGAGACGAUCCUUUCGUCCCCUCGAAACGACCUCCGGGGUGCAACAUAAAACAUGAUAGACGCACAGGAAAUGGGAUGAGAAGCCUCCGGCGCCGCCCACACCUUAUUUUCAGCAAGGCGGAGGCAAAAGGCUACAAGCGGCUGGAUCUAGAUGACGAACCAGACGCCCCCAAGCCAGCACAAAACCCCCGCUUGAGGUACAGAUUUGGGGAUGGCUUCUCGGGCCGAGAAGCAAAACCAAACGGUUCGAAUCUUCUAACCCGUAGCGGAAAGCAAUCUACAACUAGCCCCUAUGUAGGUAUCCUCGAUCUGACGCAGUCGAUGAUUCGAACACCUGAGCGGAAGAGAAAGGCUCAAGGGGCAAAUACUGACGAUAACCCAUUCUCCUUCGCCCUAAAAAAGAAGAGUCGCGCUUGGUUGGAACCAAAAGGCCUGAGCCAGCAAGCGAAACCUCACCCAAUAACCCUAACCACAAUGAAGAAGACCACCUCCGCGCUGGGUGAAACUGAUAAGGCAGGGGAGGAGUCUUUGGUCCCAGAGCCGCAGGUUAAACAGCCCAAGGGGAAUGGGCACACCGAGCAGUCUCAGGUUCCAGCCAUCGCCAUGAAGGAUAGUCAGUUCCAUUUGCAUACGCCAACCCGGGAUCUCACGGUGGGCCAGGAUGAUGACAAGAUGACUGGCAAAGACACAUUCGACGAUGGUGAUGAUGACGAGCUAGACUUGAUCCCUAGCCCGAAAACCUCGACCGAGACUCUCGUCAUGCCUGCAGAAGAUCCGGAAGAAGAUGAUUGUAAAACGCACGUCUCAGAGACUUUGUCACGACCUGCUAGUGAGCUGCGGCCGUCGGGGAGAGAAUUUCGGAGAGUUAACACACUGUGA